AGAUAAGCUUACGCCGCCACAAGAUGGCGCUUUAGCUCUGGGGAUGUUGCAGGUAAGUGAAAGUCGCCGGAAAAACAGAGAUUUUCUUGUUUGGUUUCUUAAAAAGUGGAUAUGAUGGCUGAAAGUAAAAGGUAUGAGCAGGAAGCUUAUGUUGGUAGUUACGACAUCGAAAUACGAGGGGAAAGGGAGAGGGCCCUCGUCCUUGUUCAAGUUUUGGCUUGCGACCGUCGCAACCUCUCCCACAGUAACCGUAGCAUGCUUGAGCAUGGCCACGAGUAUUUUGUAUUCCCCACUACUUUUGACUGUCUGUCAGCUGCCAUCUUGCUUCCUGCAUUGAUCAAACCUUCAUGCUGAUCCUUUUGUUUUGUAUUUGCUUUUAUCUUAAGAUCUUUAUAUGCAUUUGAAAAAAAGUGUUUGCGCACUCAGGUUGUAUUGGACACUACAACAUAAACCACUGAUAUCGGG